GACUGUACCUGCCACCGUAGCAGCUGGAAAGCAAGAGAGGAAAAUGAUAAGAUGAAACUAGCACCUGCUGCGAGUCCGCUACCGACGCGGCACGUGCGAAUUCUAUUGAGCCACACGCGUCUACAGUAUUCAGUAAUUUCAACCCAACUGCCAAAGACAGGUAUUUAUAAACGAGCAACACAUCUCACAUGGCGAAGUAUAACCGUCUCUCAGACUCACUCUCAAGUUAAAUCCCAAACGAAAAUGGCGGAAAAAGAAGCCAUUGUUGAAGCUCAGAGAAAGCUUCGAUCGAAGUUCCUUCAAGUCCUUUGUAGUAGACGACGAGACGAAGUUCCGUUAACGGUCGAACACGCGAAGCCAGUGGAGAAUCCUUUGCAUCAAAACUCUCCUCCAACGAAGGAAGAGAUUGAGAUAAUGGAAUCGUGUCCGAAGGCUGAUAUAGAGAACCUUGAAGAGUUGCUUCAGGAGGAGAAUUUCUACUUGAAUAUAGAGGAAGGAAAGCAAGGACAGUUGCCGGUGUUGAUUCUGAAACUGAAGGAAAGUGAUAAGCAGAAAAAAAGACCGGCGGUUGUUUUUCUUCACAGUACGAACAAACACAAAGAGAUCUUGCGUCCAUUGCUUAAGGCGUAUGCUUCGCGGGGAUAUAUAGCAAUUUCGGUGGAUUCUCGUUACCAUGGAGAACGUGCCACGUGCACAACCACAUAUCGAGAUGCACUUGUUGAUGCGUGGAAAACCAGUCAAACGAUGCCAUUCAUAUAUGACACGGUCUGGGACUUGAUUAAAUUGGCCGAUUAUCUAACACAAAGAGAGGAUAUAGACCCUUCUAGAAUAGGAAUCACCGGAAUAUCACUUGGAGGAAUGCAUGCAUGGUUUGCUGCAUUUGCUGAUACUCGCUAUGCUGUGGUCGUUCCUCUGAUUGGCGUUCAGGGAUUUCGAUGGGCCAUAGACAAUGACAAAUGGAAGGCUCGAGUUGAUAGUAUAAAGCCUGUUUUUGAGACGGCUUGUCAUCAUUUGGGUAAAGAUGUUAUUGACAAAGAAGCAGUGGAGAAGGUAUGGGACCGAAUUGCUCCGGGUUUAGCUUCCGAAUUUGAUUCACCCUAUUCAAUUCCGGCUAUAGCACCUCGUCCAUUACUUAUUCUUAAUGGUGCCGAAGAUCCUCGGUGUCCCAUUGUUGGCUUGGAAGUUCCAAUCUCAAAGGCAAGUCAGGCAUACAAAGAGUUUCAGUGCUUAGAUAAUUUAAAGGUCAUUUCAGAAGCUGGAGUUGGACACCAAUUAACCAGAUUGCAAGUGAAGGAAUCAUCUGAUUGGUUUGAUAGGUUUUUAAAGCCUUAGUUAACGUGUUCGCAUAUUAUAAACCAGUUUACUUACUCCAUUGUCUUUUUGUGAUUCUAUCUGUCAUCAAAUAUCUUUUUAAUUCAAGAGCUAUAAAAUGUUGCACCUGUUCAGAGAAAUCAUUCUUGUGAACUAUAAAUGCCCCCACUUUGUUAGUAAAAAUUAUGUCUCCUUAUUA